AUGACGGUUCAUAAUCAGGCCAAGACUCCUUUUCAGACUUUAUUCGCUGUGCCGAUGACCUGUGACGGUUGUGUCAAAGAUGUUUCGGAUGCGCUAUAUAAACUCGGAGGCAUCACUAAGGUCGAAGCCGACUUAGAGAGGCAGCUCGUAUCAGUAGAAGGGACUGCUGCCCCGUCCGCAAUUGUUAGCGCUAUUGAAGCUACAGGUCGGGAUGCUAUUUUAAGAGGGUCAGGUGCUUCGAAUAGCGCAGCUGUUUGCAUCCUCGAGACGUAUCACCGCAAUGAGAAGGGUGGUGAUGCAUUGGUGCCUGCUUCUGCCCCAGAGGCAGAUACGGAAGGAUCCGGAAUAAAUGACAGGGAAGUCAGGGGUUUGGCCCGCAUGGUUCAAGUCUCUCCUACAAUAACCUUGGUGGAUUUGACUGUUCGUGGAGUUAAGCCUGGUACAUACUCGGCCAGCAUAAGAGAAUACGGCGACCUCAAGCUCGGUGCUACAUCUACGGGUCCGGUAUGGGCAGGCGGGAGUGGCACAACGCAGCCCCGGGGGAUCUUGGGUACUGUACAGGUCGGAAAGGAUGGUCGGGGCGCAGUAUUCUUCGAUCAUCCUUUUCAGGUUUGGGAGGUGAUUGGACAUGCAAUGGUUGUUUCUAGCCAGCAGGAAGGGGUCACGGAAGGUAAUCUGAGAAAUGAUGAAAACACUGUCGUUGGUGUCAUUGCGAGGAGUGCCGGCAUGUGGGAUAAUGAUAAGACAGUAUGCUCAUGUACUGGCAAGACGCUUUGGGAGGAAAGAAAGGACGAGGUAAAGAAAGGUAUGAUCUAA